GACUAUUGACAUUGGAACAACUUUCCUCCCCAUUGGUUGCUUGAAGCUUCAACAUCAAUCUUACCCCCACCCCCCCGACCUCCCUCUCUCUCUCUCUCUCUCUCUCUCUCUCUCUCUCUCUCUCGCAAUUUCUGGAAGUGAGAUUCAGCUUCGGGGAGAUCUACACGAGAAGACACAAAGGCCUACUCAAAUUUCAGUUCGGUGUUUGAGUGGUGCGAUUUCUAGGAACUGGGUAGCUGAGAAAUCUGGGGAAAAAGUGAAUAGGGUAUAUAAAUUUCAAUCAUGAAGUCAAUAUCUUUGGGUUUUCGUGUCUGGGUUAUGGUUGGGAUGUUGGUGGCCGUCUUCAUUCGUAUCACAGAUUCAUACUUAGUCGAUGAAGGCUUUGAAACAAGAAAUGACCCUACUAUUACCUACAAUUAUGAUCGAAUUGAUGAAGUUAAGAAAGAAUGUGCCUUUGUUCUAUCUUCUGCUUCUGCUUUGAAACCUGAUGAUAGUAGAGUAUACAAUAUUGAAAAGGAGCUAUCUUUCAGCAAUGGGGAUUGGGAGCAGGAGGAACAUGGUGCUCCAUUGAUGCCAUUUGAUGAUAGAGAAGUUCUAGGAAACUCAUCAGAUUAUCGAUCUCCGUUGAACUUAGUUUCUUUCUCUGUAAAGGACAUUGAUCGUGCUCAUCGAUUUAAAAACUUUGUCAGUGUCAGUGGAGUUUUGCAGUUGGGAAUAACACCUGACAGUUUAUAUGAGAAGAAAUUGUAUAGAGGAACUCCUCGGUUUGACAUAUGGCCCGGUCACUCCCAACUUUCAAUAUCUUUCCAAGGAAUUUACACUGAAUCAGAAGAAAAUGGUGGAGAAAGAGUGAUGUGCUUGUUGGGUGAUACAAUGUUGCCUUCUCGGCAGUCUGAUUCUUCUGAUCCAUGGGAAUGGGUAAAGGAUUCUAGUUAUAGUAAUCAGCCACCUCUUUUGCAAGAUGAUCAAAUUCUUCUUAUUCUCUGUUAUCCAAUGGCAUCCAGCUUGACAAAAAAAGCAAUCAGAGGAGAAAUGAAAAGUUUGAAUCGGAAAUCAAACCUUAAGUACUUUGAUAAAGUCCAUAUUUCUUCCCAGUUGGGCCCGUCAGCAAAUUAUGAGUUUGGGUCUGAAAAUAUUGUAGCCAAAGCCUGCAAUCCAUAUCCAUAUGAGGAUAGUUUGAUGAAUGGUGGCAUUGAUAUCUACAAAGGUUUAGAUUUUUGUCCACUUCUUAAGCGAUUAACCGGCAGUGAAGAAGCUUUGACUGUGGUGCCAAACUGGAGGUGCAAUGGCACAGACAAUUUCUGCAGUAAAUUGGGUCCAUUUAUCUCAGAUAAGGAGAUUAAAGCCACAGAUGGGGGCUUUAGAGAUGUUAAACUUCUCAUGCAGAAUAUUAGAUGUGAGCAAACUACCGUGCAGGACAAAUAUGACAAAUAUGUUAGGUCUGCAAAGGUUGCUGCAGUGUUCAGAGCUGUUCGUCCACUGGAGAAUCAAUAUACUGCCGGACAGAGGUCUGGGCUCGGCAACAAUACUGUUUCUGCUGAGGGAAUCUGGAGAUCAUCCAGUGGGCAGCUAUGCAUGGUUGGUUGUCUUGGCCUUGUUGAUGCAGUAGGGAAUGUCUGUGAUUCUCGGAUCUGUUUGUAUAUUCCUCUAUCAUUUUCCAUAAAGCAGCAAAGCAUAAUAGUUGGGAGUUUUUCAAGCAUUGACAACAGUGCUCGAUCAUACUUUCCUUUAUCAUUUGAAAUGCUUGUGCAGCCUUCAGAGCUCUGGGACCAGCUCAUUAGCACACAUCCGUAUUACACGUACUCGAAGAUUGAUUUAGCUGGUAUUGUCCUAGAAAAAAAUGAGCCCUUCAGCUUUGGGGCUGUAAUCAAGAAAUCGUUGCUGGACUUCCCUAAACUAGAAAGUGCAGAGUCAUUUCUAGUUAGUCUUUCUCUACUCUCUGAAGAUCUCACACUUCAUGUUACUGGAGUUCCUGAUCCAUAUUCUAGUGCUCAGCCCCUAAGAACGGAUAUCCAGAUGGUGAUACUUUCACUUGGACCGUUGUUUGGACGCCAUUGGUCUUCAUAUAAUGGUUCAAUCAUAAAGGACGAUACUCCUUAUCACACCAAGGCUGAAUAUACUGAAAAACAGCUUCUUCUUAAUGUAUCAGCUCGGCUCACACUCACUGGAAAAACCUACAAUAAUUUUUCUGUGAUUUUUCUAGAGGGCCUUUAUGAUCCACAUGUUGGAAAGAUGUAUCUAAUCGGUUGCAGGGAUGUUCGGGCAUCUUGGAAGAUACUUUUUGAAAGCAUGGAUCUUGAAGCGGGGUUGGACUGUUUGAUUGAAGUGGUUGUAUCAUACCCACCCACUACAUCACGUUGGUUAGUCAAUCCAACUGCAAGGAUUUCCAUUUCUAGCCAAAGGAAUGACGAUGAUCCCCUUCAUUUUGCUCCAAUCAAGCUUCAAACUUUUCCAAUUUUGUAUAGGAAGCAGCGGGAAGACAUCCUCUCCCGUAGAGGAAUUGAGGGCAUACUCCGAACUUUGACCCUUUCUCUGGCAAUUGCAUGCAUUUUGAGCCAACUAUUGUACAUAAGAGAUAAUGUGGAUUCGGUUCCCUUCAUUUCUCUUGUCAUGCUAGGUGUCCAAGCUCUAGGGUAUAGCCUUCCUUUAGUCACGGGUGCAGAAGCUCUUUUCAAGAAGAUGAAAUCUGAGUCUUAUGAAAGGCCAUCUUAUGAUCUUGAAAAUAAUCAAUGGAUCCAUGUAAUUGAUUACAUGGUGAAGCUUCUUGUUCUGGUUUGUUUUCUUCUGACACUGAGGCUUUGCCAAAAGGUGUGGAAAGCCCGUAUCAGAUUGCUCAUGCGGGCCCCUCUUGAGCCACAUCGUGUCCCUAGUGACAAGCGGGUACUUUUUACUACCUUGACCAUACAUGUGGUUGGGUAUAUCAUUGUUCUAAUACAUCACUCUAUUAAGACAAGCCUGAGACCACUUCGAACCGAAAAAUUUGUAGACUCUAUGGGAAAUUUUCACACACUCCGGCAAUGGGAAACUGAGCUAGAUGAGUACGUGGGUCUUGUUCAGGACUUCUUCCUUCUCCCUCAAAUCAUUGGCAACUUCCUAUGGCAGAUUGAUUGUCAACCAUUGAGGAAUAUGUAUUUUAUUGGGAUCACAGUGGUCAGAUUUCUUCCUCAUGUAUAUGAUUAUAUUAGAGCUCCUGUUUCUAACCCCUACUUCUCCCAAGAGUAUGAGUUCGUGAAUCCACGCUUUGAUUUUUACUCCAAGUUUGGGGAUGUCGCCAUACCGGUGACAGCAAUUUUCCUUUCGGCCGCUGUCUACAUCCAACAGAGGUGGAAUUAUGAGAAGCUUAGCCAGCGUCUUACCUUUGGACAGCGUACGCUCCUUCCGUUGGGAUCCAAAGUGUAUCAGAGAUUGCCUUCCAAGUCAUUUGAGGCUGAACUUGUUUCCGGUGUCAAUGAAAAUACCAUUCACAAGAAAGAGCAUGAUGAUGAAGAAUGAUUCAGAAUACCAGAAUCCUUUUUUCAAAGCUGACUGAAGGAUAGUUGUAUGCAUGAAAAACACGAUGUUGUUGUUAUUUUGAUGAUUUAUUGUUAAAUAUGAGUUUCUGGUUGUUAAAAAGAGUAACAAUGAAAUGUUGUCUUCUUACGCCA